ACCAGACUCCAUCUUACGUUGUCAGCAAGCAAAAAUGACACGGUGAGGAUGUUAAUAGAUGAAGCCCAGCCCAUUAAAGCACGCUACCGAGUUCAAGAUGUGCUGACUGGAGAACCUCCCUGUGAGCAGUUGAGGGUGGAGAGGCAGACAGAGGACUUUGUCACCCUUUCUUGGUCCUCAGGACGACACCACAUCUGCAUCUGGCAUUUCCCGUUCCGAGUGGAGAUCCUUUGUGGCCAAGAAGUGCUGGUUACAUUUAACUCCAAAGGCAAACUGUGGUUCGACAGGAUCCAGGAGCCGCCCAGCCUGUUAAAGACUUAUUUUCAUUCUUACUUGUGUGUUAGCUUCAAGAGGACCAGACAAGUUUAUUAUGGAAAGAGACAUUCAGGAAGUUUGUGGAUAUCAAGGCAAACGGUCCCAGCAGCGUGGGGGCAGACCUCUGUCUUCACGGGUUCAGUCACGUCUACGGUCUGCCCGAGCACUCGGAAAACCUGCGGCUCAGGGACACGAGGCACGUCCGGCGGCCCCCCCCCCCCCCCCCAGUUUAAGCUUCUACUCCUCUCCACUCGUUUGAUAACGGCUCUCUCACAGCGCCCUUCCCUCCACAGAGACGGCGAACCCUACCGUCUAUACAACCUAGACGUCUUCGCCUAUGACUUGUACAGCCGCCUGGGCCUGUACGGGUCUGUGCCGCUGAUGGUGGCCCACAAACCAGACAGGACUGUCGGGGUCUUUUGGCUGAAUGCAUCCGAGACUUUUGCACAUGUGAAUUACUCCCCCACCGACCAUCAGGACGACCAAGCCCCGCCGCUCAAAAGGAGGCGGGUGCGGCCCCAGGCCGACGUUCACUGGCUGUCGGAGAGCGGCGUGAUCGACUGCACGGUCCUGCUGGGGCCCGGCCCGCAUCAGCUCCUGGCCCAGUACGCUCAGCUCACAGGGUAUCAAGCCCUGCCCCCGCUGUUUGCCCUGGGCUACCACCAGUGCCGCUGGAACUACAACGACGAAGCCGACGUGAAGGCGGUGGACGCGGGGUUCGACCAGCACGCCAUCCCCUACGACGUCAUCUGGCUGGACAUCGAGCACACGGACGGGAAGCGGUACUUCACCUGGGACCCGGUCCUAUUCCCCGAGCCGGCCAACCUGCAGCACCAUCUGGAGAAGAAGAAGAGGAAGAUGGUGGUCAUAAGCGACCCCCACAUCAAGGCGGAUCCUGGCUGGUCCCUGUACCGCGAGGCCAGAGAUGGAGGGCAUUUUGUGAAGGACAGAGAGGGACGGAUCUAUCGGGGCUCCUGCUGGCCAGGAGAAUCCUCCUACCUCGAUUUCAGCAGUCCAGCAACCCGAGCGUGGUACUCCAGAUGUUUCAGCUUGGAUAAAUACAAGGGUUCAACGCCGUCGCUGUUUGUGUGGAACGACAUGAACGAGCCGUCUGUAUUUGAUGGGCCCGAGCAGACGAUGCCAAAGGACGCCGUUCAUCACGGCGGCUGGGAGCAUCGGGAUUUACACAACGUGUACGGCUUUUACCAGCACAUGGCCACAGUGGAGGGUCUGAUCACUCGAUCGGGGGGCUCUGAGAGGCCGUUCGUGCUUUCUCGCUCUUUCUUUGCCGGAUCACAGAGACUUGGAGCCGUGUGGACAGGCGACAACGUAGCCAGCUGGGAGUAUCUGAAGAUCUCCAUUCCAAUGGUUCUGUCUCUUAGCUUGGCGGGCAUAGCGUUUUGCGGAGCUGACGUCGGCGGAUUCGUUCAGGACCCCGAGCCGGAACUGUUGGUGCGCUGGUACCAGGCAGCCGCCCUGCAGCCGUUUUUCAGAGGCCACUCCGCCAAGGAGACCAAGCGAAGGGAACCCUGGCUUUUCGGGGAGGAAGUCACCGCAGCGAUCCGCUCCGUUAUCCAACAAAGGUACUGCUUGCUGCCAUACUGGUACACGCUCUUUCACCAGGCCAACAGCUCUGGCCUUCCUCCAAUCAGACCUCUGUGGGUGGAGUUUCCCAGAGAACAGAGCACCUUCGCAGUGGACAACCAGUACAUGAUCGGGGGAGCGUUACUCGCCUGUCCCGUAACAGAAUCGGGCGCUCAACAGGUCAGAAUCCUCCUUCCUGGAUCCAGAGAGAUUUGGUACGACAUCCAUUCUGCCGAGGCCUACAAAGGAGGCAGCACUAUUACCCUCCCGGUCACCCUGGAAACGGUUCCCGUGUUCCAGCGCGGCGGCUCAGUGGUCUGUCGGUCAGCUGGGAGGGGCACCUGCACGGCCGACUACCAGCGGCUGCCUCUAGCCGUCACAGUGGCUUUAAACCGCGAGGGCAGGGCUGAUGGGGAAUUGUAUCUGGACGACGGCCACUCCUUCAGAUACCGCGACGCGAAGUCCUUCUGUCUGCGCAGGUUCAGCAUGCUGUCAGGCCGUCUGCUGAGCCGCAAGCCGUCCACUGUGACUGUGCAUGUGCCUGGAGCUAAAGACAUCCCGGCUUCAUUUCAGUACGUGGAAGGCUGCUGCCAGCUGACAGCCGACGGUCUGAACCUCAGCAUGGCCGUGGAUUGGGAGUUACAGAUAAGCUAA